GGUUUUCUCCUUGUUUUGUUCUGUCGAGUCUCUGGUCGUUGGGCAGUGUGAGUGUGGCUAGGGGUGAAUGUUGAGGCCUUGUUUCCCGCCGGCCCAUGGAGUCCAAAACGACCUACCUGGAAGACCUUCCACCUCUCCCUGAGUAUGAAUUGGCUGCAUCCAAGUUAGGAGAAGAAGUGGAUGAUGUUUAUCUCAUUCGAGCUCAAGGAUUGCCGUGGUCGUGCACUAUAGAAGAUGUGGUUAACUUUUUCUCAGACUGCAGAAUCCGCAAUGGUGAGAAUGGAAUACACUUCCUAUUAAACAGAGAUGGUAAACGAAGGGGUGAUGCCUUAAUUGAAAUGGAGUCAGAGCAGGAUGUGCAAAAAGCCUUAGAAAAGCAUCGCAUGUACAUGGGACAGCGGUAUGUGGAAGUUUAUGAGAUAAACAAUGAAGAUGUGGACGCCUUAAUGAAGAGCCUGCAGGUCAAAUCUUCACCUGUGGUAAAUGAUGGAGUGGUUCGUUUGAGAGGACUUCCUUAUAGUUGCAAUGAGAAAGACAUUGUAGACUUCUUUGCAGGACUGAAUAUAGUAGACAUCACCUUUGUAAUGGACUACAGAGGGAGAAGAAAAACAGGAGAAGCCUAUGUGCAGUUUGAAGAACCAGAAAUGGCCAACCAAGCCCUCUUGAAACACAGAGAAGAAAUUGGAAACCGAUAUAUAGAGAUAUUUCCAAGCAGAAGGAAUGAAGUCCGAACACAUGUUGGUUCUCAUAAGGGAAAGAAAAUGACAUCUCCUACUGCUAAGUAUAUAACUGAGCCAGAAAUGGUCUUUGAAGAACAUGAAGUAAAUGAAGAUAUUCGACCCAUGACAGCUUUCGAAAGUGAGAAGGAAAUAGAACUGCCUAAGGAGAUGUCUGAAAAGCUUCCGGAGGCUGUUGAUUUUGGAACUACAUCUUCACUACAUUUUGUCCACAUGAGAGGAUUGCCUUUCCAAGCUAAUGCUCAAGACAUUAUAAAUUUUUUUGCUCCGCUGAAGCCUGUUAGGAUCACCAUGGAAUACAGUUCCAGUGGGAAGGCCACAGGAGAGGCCGACGUGCACUUCGAUACCCACGAGGAUGCCGUUGCAGCCAUGCUCAAGGAUAGGUCCCACGUUCACCAUAGGUAUAUUGAAUUGUUCCUGAAUUCAUGUCCAAAGGGAAAAUAAGACUUCCAGGGACUCCAGAUAAUAAGGAUGAAGCAGGAAGCAUUUCAUUUGCACAUCUUUCCUGGACGUGGAAUAUACAGUUCCAGUUUUGUAGCAGCAACUGCUGGAGAAGGGAUUUGGGGGUUUUGGGUUAAUUGCUUAUAAGACAAAUUACAUAGUGGACUGUUUACAAAGGAAAAGGAAAGAUUCAGUUUGGAAUUAUGAAAUAAACCACAAAUUAAAAUUUUUGUUUAAUCUGUUCAGGAUCUGAUUUAAAAAUCUGGUUUUUAUUUUAUAUGAUUAAACAGUUUGCUUUCAUAGAAGAUAUGUUACCCAGUGUAAAGACUACGUAUUUUUUAUUCAGCAUUGUCCUUGGAAAUCUUCCUCCCAUUUUCCAAAUGAUCUGUUUGAGGUUUUGUCUUUCAACCUAUGAAUUAAGAAUUCUGAUUGUAAAACUUCUCGGGAAUGAAAUACUGUUUUAACCAAAUACUCACCAAAGCAAGGAAAGGUUUCAGACCUUUAAACCAGUAUGUUUGGCAGAGUAGUUUUAAUUUUAGGUGUAUUAGAUUAUUUAGAUAAGGGUAGAAGUUUAAAAGAAAGAAUCAAAACAAAAAAUAAGUACCACAGGUUAGUGAGUGUAAAUGACAACAAUUUGGCAGUUUUAGGUCUUUAGAAAUGUUUUGCCUUUCUACGCCUUGUGCUAAGAUAUUUGACAUUGGUGCCUGUAAAACUUGAGAGAAUUCUAGUCUCAGCUUACAUGUUAGUUCAGUGAACACCCACCCCCAGCUUUUUUUGAUUUUGGGUAAACCAUAAGGGUGUGUGUUAAUCUCAAAACUGUGAAGUGACACAUCAGACAGUCUUGACUGGUAAGGACAUUUAUGGCUUCACUUGAACUUAAACCAGCUCCCAAGAGGAAAAAAUCUGUCUCCUCAUUUGCUUUUUCAGUGGGAUAGCAUAUCCCAUAUUUUAGAACAAGUAGGGGUGCCUUGCUUAAAUAAAAAUAGCAUUUAGUGUAUAAUUGUGUGAAGGGUUUUUGGAUGAAGCUGUACUCCUGUCACAGUGUGACAGGACCUUCUGCUCAAUAUUAUACAGCUUGUUAUUUAAAUACUGGAUCAAAACGGCUGGCUUCAAAAUGUAGUUAUUAAUAAACUAACUUUCUGUGCACCUGUGUAGGAGAAUCAAAGUCCUGUAUACUUUCUUUGCCUUGUUCCUGUUCUCAGGGUGACGACUGCCACAUAGUUACCAGGAGAUAUAAUUCUAGUUCUUAAAAUUGAAUUAGCCCAGAUUUCUGAGAGGUGAUAACCUGGAAGAGAGAUGAUGUCUUCUCUCACUUAAUACAUAACCAUCUUUGGUUAGCAGCUAAGAUUCGAAAUCACUGUACUGUAAGUAGUCAAUAAAUGAAGGCUUGUUUCAGGCUGCAGAUUACCUAAGAGUAUUUAUUUUGGAGUGUAUCAACCCAAAUAUAUUUUUGUUACAUCAAGUCCUCGUAUAGUAUAAAAAACUGCAAAUUUUGUGUUUUUAUCACCUAUAUGAGCAUGAAUUAACCAUCUUAACAUCUUCAGUAUUAACUAAGUAGAAAUGUGUUUUCAUAUAUGGUUGAGUAUCAAGCUAUCAGAACUGGUGUUUGUAGCAGAGUGAUCUAGUAGAAUAUGAUCUUUUCUCUCUGUUUAGCAGUAGGUCUCUAAUUUGCCAUGAAAAAAAUCUAUAGGGACUGUUGGAAUCGGGAUUGGUGAGAAAUUAAUUCAUUUGCAAAUAUUUUAAAGCCAGUGAAUUUCAUUUGCAGAUUUCUAGGAAAAGAAUGAGAGCAAAGCUUAUGUGGUGGGUAAGCAUGAAGGGGUGUAUAUAUUACCACACUAGUGACUGAGUGAGUAAUCAGUACAAAAAAGGUGGCCAUUCUCGGGAAGUCGGUUUUUAGGUUCCGAUACUUUACUCCUUUAGUAGGUGAUAACUUAUAAUUUAGGCUAGUAAAUAAAUGAUUGCUGAGAAGGCAAAUGUAAUUACUGGAAGGGGAAGAAAAGCCCACAAUAGAUUAAAAGCAAUCUUUUAUAUACAUCCAAUCAAAAGACAUAUUUCUCUCUCCCAAACUUUGACAAAACUGGAUUGUGUAUUAUCAUUAACUAUUGAAAGAAGUAAUGACAGUGAAUUUUAUCUUUCUGUUAGGGUUUUGUGUCCUUAUAAUCCCUUUUGUGGUAAAGCUAUAAAAAAUCGCGGGCUUAGCUAUGGCCAGGUUACCCAUCCUGCUUUGGCUAGCUACUAGAAUUGAAGGGGUGGAAUUCUAAGUAGCAUGUAGACACCCAGGAGGAGAUGGCUAAAGACUGAUCUGAUUGACACGCCCGCUGAUAGCAGAGAAUGAAGCAGAACCAGAGUGUUUGUCCCUCUCUUUGGACAAGUGAGGCUUCUGCAUGGUGGGAAAGGAGACUGAGUCCACUGUGGAGUGGAAGGCUCUGUGGCAUGGGGAGGAGGAAGCAGGAGAAGGCCACUGACAGCCACAUGCCAUUUUGAGGCAAUGGCCCUGCUUAUUAAUCAACAUGCCCUCUUGGCAUCCUCUGCUGUAAACAGUCCCUUAGAUUCUCACUUGGAGUGUUUUCUGUAAGUUAUAUCCUACUUACUUUAAUUUAAAACAUUCCAUUUUGUUCAAGAGUUUCCCCUAAAUUAUGUUAGAGGGUUCAUAUUCAAUUGGCAGGACCUUAUUCUAGAGUAGAAUGGUUUAUCUGAGCAGUCAAGUAGAGGCAGGCCUAAGUUCCAGGGUUUUGAAGAAAACUGCUGUAGUGUGGUAGGCAUACAUUUUCCCUCAAUUCAGCAGAUUAGAAUCUCUGAAGUUUGUAGGAAGGGAAUAAAGCUGCUAUAAACAUUCAUGUGUAGGUUUUUGUGUGUACAUUAGAUCUCAGCUCAUUUGGGUAAAUACCAAGGACGACGACUGCUGGAUCGUAUGGUAAGCCUAUGUUUAGGCCUGUAAGGAUCUGCCAGACUGCCUAGGUGGCUGUGUCGUUCUGCUUUCCCGCUAGCAGUGAGUGUCAGCUCUGCAGCAGUGCCUUCUCAGCAUUUGGCGUUGUCACUGCUUUGGAUAUGAGCUAUUCUAAUAGGUGUUUAGUGGUUAUCUUGUUGUAGUUUACAAUUCCGUAAUGACCUCGGAUGGUCAGCGUCUUUUGAUGUAUCUGUUUGCAUCUUCAUGUUGCCUGUGGUGAGAGGUCUGUUCAGAUCUUCUGCCCGGUUUUUUAGUUAGGUGGUUUUCUUAAUGAAUUUCAGGACAGGGAUACAGAAAGGGUUAGUUUGGUUCUUAAAUCUGUAUGAUAGGAAAAUAAAUGGUGGGGUAAUUUGUGAGUUGCUUAUAUUGUAUGUUUUGAAUGGAACAGUCCCAGUGAUACGAAGGGAUGGGCGUCCCUCCACCCUGCUCUUCGGCCACGUGGGUCCCCUUCUCAGCCCUGCCGCCAGUUUCCAGUGUCAGCGUCCAGUGAUCUUUACUGUGUGGAUUACAAAUUAUAGCAUACUCUACAUGCUGUCCUGUGCCACUUUUUCCCAUUUAAUACAUCCUAAAGAUCAUUUUAUAUCCGUAUAUAAAAUUCUCUCAUUUUUUAAAAUGUACAGUAUGGAUAUACAUCAUUUAACCUGUCCGUCACUGGUGAACAGGUAAAUUGUUCGCAGUCUUUUGCUACUGUAAUGCUGAAAUGAACUACCUUGUAUAAACUUAUGUCAUUUUGUACAUACGUAAACUUCUGUAGGAUAAAUGGUCAGAGUAUGUGUACUGUAAUUUAGAUAAAAUUAAACUUAUGUCUAUAAUUUGUUUUUUCUUAGUUUGCACCAGCAGUGCAAGUGCCCAUUUUCCAACAACCUCCCUAAUACAGCAUAUUAGCAGUCUAUUCUAGGCCGGUCUGAUAGGUUAAAAACAAAAGUGCAGCGGUAUUCUGUGAGGUGGCAUUUCAUGUCUUUUGGGAUUUCCUUUUAUGUGAAUUGUCUUUUUUUUUCUCUUAAAAUCUACUCCUCCUCCUAUUAAUCUUAAAGCAAAUCCAUGAUAUGGCAUCAUUUUAUCUGAAUAUAUUUCAGUAUACAUCUUUUCUUUGAAAAGGAUUUUAAAAAAAUACCGCCAUUCCUAAAAAUACUAGUUUCUUAACACAAAUAUCUGAAAAGUAAUUUUUUAAAAAAUAUAUUUGAAUCAGGAUCUAAACAACUGUCCACACUUUGCAGUUGGUUGUUAUGACUUUCCCCUGUAAUAUUUUUCAAAAGUUUUCAAGCAUAAAGAAAAGGUCAAUUAUGAACAUGCCUAGACCUACAUCUAGUAAUAUUUUAUUUUCUUCCUCACAUUAUAUCUGUAUAUUCAUCAUACUGUCUUUUUUUUCUUUAUAGAUGUCAAAGUUGCAGACAUCGUUUGAUCUUAAGCUUUUUGGAAUACAUACUGUUAACUAGAGGUUUGUUUUUUUUUUUGAGGUAAAAUUUACAGUGAAGUGGACAAAUGUACCUUCCACUUGAUGAGUUUUAACAUAUAGUGUGACACAAACCCCUAGGAAGCUGCGAAGCAUUAACAUCACAUCAGAAAUGUCUUUCCUCAGUCGGGUCCUGCACCUCUCCUAACCCUUCUCCCUGUUAGAAUUUUGUUUUCGUCAUAGAUUAGUUCGGCCUAUUCUAGAACUUCAUAUAAAUGGAGUCAUACAGUAUGUAUUCUUGUGUAAAUUUUCACUCAGCAUGUUUUGAGAUUCAUCAAUAAUGUUUCAGCUCUUUGUUCCUUUUCAUUGCUGAGUAGUAUUCCAUUGUAUGAGUAUUUCCCAGUUUAACCUUUCACUUAGAUGAACAACUGGUGGACAAUGGGCUGUCUCUAGUUUUUGGCUCAUAUGAAUAAAGUUGCUAUGAACAUU